CACACUAUCUAAAAGUACACGUAUGUUUACAGUUUAAAGUUAACGUUUUUGCAAACGCAGGGACGACUUACUGGUAUAAUCCUACGGCCGUGCGCGUGCAUGCACAGAAACGGAAAUUGAAAAUUCUUUGAGCACGUGAGUAAAAUCCGUUGCUCCCGUGACUGGUACUUUUAGUCAUGGCCGACGACUACAGACGACAAGGUUUUGAGUUGGAGAGAAGAAUAUUUGAGUUAGACAUCAAGUGUUCGAGUCUCAGAGCUGAAAAGCAAGAUGAUGACUAUUUACAGAAUGCAUCUGCCAUACUAGACAAGUUGAAAAGCUUUUACAGACAAGGAGGAGAGAGUAGCAACCUAUCCAAGCUGCUGCAGGAUUACACACAGGUGAUUCUAGACAUCACUUUUUAUGAAGAGAAUAAACUGGUGGACCAGGAGUUCCCUGAGGACUGUUCACCAUUUAAAAUUCAGCAGCUUCUUCAAGAUCUGACUGAACCUGAAGUUUUGGCCGCACGGCUUGCACCAGCACAAGAGGUGCAGUCUGUGUUGGGUUUAGAGCUGUUAGAAUGUCUCUACUGGAGACGUGGAGCUCUGCUGUAUAUGUACUGUCAUACCCUUCAUCAGCGAAAGCAGUGGAUCAAGAAAAACAAGGAGACAUUCCUUAAGUGUAUUCAGGAAGGUGUGCGAUACUUGAUGCGGAUGCUGCAGGUGAGAAACUCUGUGAAGCUCAAUGAUGGUGUGGUGCUACAUGACACUGCUACAGCAAACAUCUUAUCUGAAGGCAUUUUCUCAGACACACACCUGUUGACAAUGAUGUACAUUGGCGAAAUGUGUUUCUGGGCAGUCAAGUACGAGGACUGCAGCGCUGACACUACGGAGCACAAAGAAGAUCGCCUCCAGUUUCGGGACAUUGGCACACAGAUCCUCAACAAAUAUGUGCUUGCCUGUGAGGGCCCUCUCCAAGGGCAGGGCUGGAAUACAGAGAAUGCCAAGGAAAUCCUCAGUAUUUUACAGUGAAAAAUAUAGCUUCUCUGUUAAAAUUGCCCUCAGGAACAGAUCAAAGUUCAAUAUUCAAAUGUGUCAAUCCCAAAUAAAAAUGGAGCCCAUCUGA